AACAAGUUCCAAUAGAAGAAAGUUCUGAUGAAGAAUGUUUUGAGAUACCACCAGGUGAUAAAGAAAGUUCUUCUACUAAUGAUGAUCAAUUUACCGCUCCUGAUCUGGAUGAUCUUGAAUUUGAACCAGAUCACGAAUAUCCUGACACUAACAUUAACUUUGAUGAUUCGAUGGUUUUAUUGGAUGUUGAUCAGCUGCGAUUUGAAAAAUUUCCUACAAUUACAGAAAUUUUGCCUACUGGGCAUAAAUGCACGCAUGUGGAAUACCCAAAUCAUUCAAUGCGCAAUCAAAGACGACCCUGUGGAACAGAAUUAACAAAUAAGAUUCUGGUAAAUAAUGGAUUUGUCAGAAGACCGAAGAUGUUAUUCCCUAUACCAUCUUUAAAAAUGCAAAUAAUGACGAUGUAUCAGCGCUCAGGUUUCGAAGAAUUACUACAAAAAUGGACAAAUCAGAUUACCGAAAUGG